UACAUUCCAACGAUCUGUUUACAGGUCCACAACAAUGUGCAAUUGUUGUAGUCUUUCAGACACGGUCAGAUAGCCUACAGCAAAUGUCACUGCAAAAGAAAACAUUCUGCCAACCCCUCCAAAGACAUUUGACCAAGUUCGCCAUGCAUUGCUAUUUCCUUAGAUACUGUCUUGGCCUAAUUCCAAUACUUCUAAGUAGGGCCAAUACAGAAAAUAAGGGCGUUAUUGUCACCAUAUAAGGUGAAUGACGGGCGUUUUUCAGGAGAGCAAUUUCACAACAGGUCUGAUUUAUAACGGGAAACAUGCGUAUGUAUGGCGUGCGCCAAGAUUAUACGUCUCAAUAUUUCUGUGCGUGCGUAGUCUUUUCAGAAAUGGCGCAAUUAAAUGUAGCAACGGUUAUAAAAGAGGUCUCAGGAGACUACUUCGAAGUAAUUUCCACGAUCAGGAUCCAUGCCAUGCUCUCCCUCUCUCUCCCUCCAUCCCUCCCUCUCCCUCUACCUCUGGGACGGUGAUCAAUCACUAAUACUAACGGUAUUCUGGCAGCCAGCAAUUCAGUCCUUAGAAAACAGCCGCAGGUGUGGAUAGAAUAUAGAUCCUACAGAAUUGUAUAGAUUAUUAUCUCCCAAACAAUGGUUAAGCCGAACAAUACAUAAUUUUUAACUCCACAACUCGCUAAUCAGGUAAAUCCAGUUCACUUGGAUGAAAGAAUUCCUGAAAAAAUGUCUGAAGUCUAUAGCGCUCUGAUCCUGACUCCUGUCCCAAGGUGACAAGACACAGCCCAGUCAUAGCGUACAAUGUUGCACGGUCAUAAACAUAACACCCUUCUCUACUCCCCCUCACGUUAUUGAACAAUAAUUAACUUUUAAUCAGCUAUCCCGCUGGCUUACAAUCAAUUAUAUUCACUGCAUUGUUCAUUCAUUCUCGCUCUCUGUCACCCUCUCUCUCUCUCAGAAGAAGGGAGGGGUCGAGCAGAGGCAGUAACCUCUGUAACGGAUAACAGUGCUCGAGGAUUUCAAGUUAGACCACCGUCAGCGUGCGGAACCAGUAGGGUAACGUGACCAGAGAAGGACAGAAUGCUGUUCAGUCAAACAGGAGCGCCGACCAAGGACAUUUUGAUUCAUUUUUAACUUUUUGGAGCUAUUUGACCAAUUAAACUUGAUUAAAAAAAAAAAUAGUCACAGAGCACACAUAAACCAGCAUUUACCAGACAAAGAUCAGUAUCAAACUUCAUGCGGACGUGAGAAGAGAAGUGAUGAGGACAGUUUGGACAAGAUACCCAUGACAUAGUUGGAAUAAUAGACCCACUCUUCUGUUUUUUUAUGGAACCACUUAAUGCCAAUCUAUGACAGUUGGGGAAGUUGUUUUCAAACGUUUAAUUCUCAACUGGGAGAGAAGGCCUGUCAAAACAAACAUUUUCUGACGUGUUACUCAAAGGAUCCUUAGAGAAUCUUAUUUACACCUUGCAGGUAAGAAAAGGGUUUUACUGACAUUCACCUGCUCAUGCCUCUUUACAUUGAAUUUAGCUGCACAUGGGGGGAUAUUUUAAGCUAUCAGGUUUUCUAACUGAUGGGCUAUUGGAAAAAGCGUCCGUUAUAAAUGUUGUAGCCUAAAGUUUUCAUGUGUUUAUGAGCAGACAGGACUCCUGUCGAUUAUGGCGAAGACCUUGUUCAUCUGUUUCCCACUGGUUCUCCUGGCGGGACAUCUCCUCGUGGUUACCGGACAAGCCACCCGAACACCGGUUUCGCAAAACGCGCGCCCAGACGUCCAUCCGUCCGCCACCCAGAAACCAGUAAUCUCUGGUAGAGAGGACAGGUUCAACGCCAAUGUCUCCACUGCUCGGCGUAUGCGACUUUUACCACCGAUGUGCUCGGGACCCACCGAGAUCAGAGACACAUUUAAGUACAUCAACACGGUAGUGUCAUGUCUCGUGUUUGUUGUCGGUAUUAUCGGGAACUCCACGCUCCUCAGAAUCAUUUACCGGAACAAGUGCAUGCGCAACGGGCCCAAUAUUCUCAUCGGCAGCCUGGCGCUGGGAGACCUGCUGCACAUUGUGAUCGAUAUUCCCAUUAACGUGUACAAGCUCCUAGCGGAGGACUGGCCAUUUGGUGUGGCUCUGUGUAAACUGGUGCCUUUUGUCCAGAAAGCUUCAGUGGGCAUUACUGUGCUGAGCCUGUGUGCUCUGAGCAUCGACAGGUACCGAGCAGUAGCGUCGUGGAACCGUAUCAAGGGGAUCGGUGUUCCCAUGUGGACGGCUAUAGAGAUCGCACUCAUCUGGCUGCUGUCCAUCCUGCUGGCUGUCCCUGAAGCUAUAGCCUUCGACAUGAUCGCCAUGGACUACAAAGGAGAGCACCUCCGCAUCUGUCUGCUACACCCCAUGCAGAAUUCAGACUUUAUGAGGUUCUAUAAGUCAGCUAAGGACUGGUGGCUGUUCAGUGUGUAUUUCUGCCUUCCUCUGGCCGUUACCGCCGUCUUCUACACCCUGAUGACUUGUGAGAUGCUGAGGAAGAAGAACGGAGUCCAGAUCGCCCUGAGUGACCAUCUCAAACAGAGGCGUGAGGUGGCUAAGACAGUGUUCUGCCUGGUGUUGGUGUUUGCCCUGUGCUGGUUGCCUCUCCAUCUCAGCCGCAUCCUCAAGCUCACCAUCUAUGAUGAGAAAGACCCUAACCGCUGUGAACUGCUCAGUUUCUUCUUGGUUCUGGACUACAUCGGGAUCAACAUGGCGUCUCUUAACUCCUGCAUCAACCCCAUCGCUCUCUACAUGGUCAGCAAGCGUUUCAAGAGCUGCUUCAGGUCAUGUCUGUGUUGCUGGUGUCUGCCAGCUGAGAUGUUGAUGGAUGAGAAACAGUCCUGUAUGAAGCUCAAAGUCUCAGACCGGGCCUCCGACCAGAGCAACUCACGCGCUACUAACAAGUACACUUCAGCAUGAGAGGGGCCCUGCGCAGUGCAGAGAAGUACUCAACGAAGUAACCUAUGAUCUACCUUAAAGGACUAAUUGAAGAUCAGUCAUAUAACCUGAUUCUGACUUAAACCAUUAUGACAAGGUUAUAUGAAGUGCCCUUAUUCAGGUAUAGUUGAUGUAGUUUUAAACCACUUGGAGAAAAUAAGUGCCCUAAUUCAGUAAAGUCUCCUCUGACUGGAGGGUGAAGUACUCAAGUACACUUUGAGUGUUGCCUAUGAAAGUGAAUGGUCUGGGAUGUGUAGCUGGGAGAGGGUUGAUGGAAAAGAGGAUAAUUGGGGGAAGGAGUGGAUGGAAGUUUAGACAAUCAAAUAUCAGUAUUAUUGAUAAUGAAUGGCACAACAUAGGGUGAUCAUAUUGUAGAGAAAUUACAUUGCCGGGUGUGGCUGUUCCUGAUUAGAACCUCUAUAUGAAUGUUCAUAAGAUACAUGACAUAAGCCAAACCCAAUGAGGCGUCAUAGUGCAAAUGCCUGAUUUGAGACAUCCGGAACAUUAUAUGAACAUUGCAAGUAGGUUGUAAAAACGUUGUUAGUUAUACAGUAUAAUAUCUGAACAUAUCCCAUAUACUUUAGAGUUAAUUCAUUUGUAUACCUUUGUUAAAUUGCUUUUACACUGUUUGAUAUUGUUACCAGUGGAGGCUGCUGAGGGGAGGACGGCUCAUAAUAACGGCCAGAACGGAGCGAAUGGAAUGGCAUCAAACACCUGGAUCCAGGUGUUUGAUGUAUUUGAUACCAUUCCAACAAAUCUUCUCCAGCCCUUACCACGAGCCCGUCCUCUCCAAUUAAGGUGAAACCAAACUCCUUUGAUUGUUACCGUUUAGCUUUGUAUGUGAUUUUAGCUGGAUAGUUAGCUAUAGCAUGUUUGAAUGUGUGUUCCGUGUUUGGUAGGCGUUCAGCUGUUUCUCAUUCAACUACUGAUCUAAUUGGGUUGGACUUCAUGUGAAUAAAUCAUAAAUGGCAGCACAUUCCUAAAGUUCUCGCAAUAACUUUUUGGCUUUAUUUUCAAAAUGUGUUUCCAAAACAGUUCAGUGUUUGUCUCAAAUAUGAUCAUGUUCGUAUUCUGUAGCUUUGUGGACUGCCACCCAAUUGUAAAAACGGAUUGAUUUUAUUAUGCUUUAAUAGCGAUCAUGACAAACCAAAAGGGCUUUCGCCGCUUAUUGGGGAGUCGGAUGAGAGGGAGAGGAUAUAUUUGAAGUUUCUCUCCAUAUGCCUUGUGGUUUUUAAGGGAUCUGAUGGUGUGUUAUUGAGUAUGGAGCCCUGUAUUGGUAUAGUUGUAGAUCCUGUACAUACAGUAGCUGUCCUGUGAGUGUAUGGUUGUGAUGAUGUGCCUGUCAAAGGUUGUGUGGUUUAUAUUUUCCCAAAAAUGUUACAAAAUAAAAAGAUUUACGUUUAAA